AUGACUGAAGUAGAGCAGAAGAAGAGAACCUUUAGAACAUAUACUUAUAGAGGUGUAGACUUGGAUAAGCUAUUAACAAUGAAACUAGACGAAGUUGUUAGCUUACUUCCUGCUCGUAAGAGACGUAAAAUUGCAAGGGGUUGUUUGAAUAGGAAGACAGCAGCAUUUCUUGCUAAGCUACGAAAAUCUAAAGCUGAAUGCCCAAUGGGUGAAAAGCCUGUUGCAGUACGUACUCACUUACGUAAUAUGGUUAUUUUACCAGAAAUGGUUGGAUCUGUUGCUGGUGUCUACAAUGGUAAGACCUAUGUUACAGUUGAGAUAAAACCAGAAAUGAUUGGGAUGUAUCUGGGUGAAUUUUCAAUAACAUACAAACCAGUACGUCAUGGUAAACCAGGUGUUGGUGCAACAAGUUCGUCACGCUUUAUCCCUCUAAAGUAA